AUGACGCCCUUCGAAUUGCGACCGACCUCGUGUCGACAAGACGAGGUCGACGUCGAGGACGUGCCAGGCAAGAAAGCCGACAUUGGUUUUAUCGAGAGCGCAGGAAAUGGACGGACACUCACCUACAUCGAGUCAAGGACUGAUGGUCUGCCAAAAGCUCACCGAGACUAUCUGAUGAAGCGACAUGGGACUCUGGAACUCGAUCCUAUUCCCGGAAUGAGUUCAGCUGACCCUUAUAACUGGCCCGAGUGGAAGAAAAUGAUUAACCUCAUCCUUGUGGCCUUCCACGCUUGCAUGGGUACAUUUACUGCUGCCGCCAUUAUCCCCGCCUAUCUAGACAUCUCCAUAGAACUAGGCAUCGGAAUGCAGGAUGUUGCUUACUUGACCUCUUUACAAAUCGCCAUCCUUGGAGUUGCGCCUCUGUUCUGGAAGCCGCUGUCCAAUCGGUAUGGACGCCGGCCUAUCUUCCUCCUCUCUCUCAUCUGCAGUCUCGUGUGUAAUAUUGGCUGUGCCAAGAGCGCCACAUAUGCCUCUAUGGCUGCUUGUCGGGCCCUUGUGGCCUUUUUUAUCUCGCCUGCCUCCGCCAUUGGCAGUGCUAUCGUGAUGGAAACAACCUUUAAGAAAGACCGCGGCCGUUACAUGGGUGUUUGGACACUGAUGAUCACACUGGGGGUCCCAGUUGGGCCUUUCAUUUUCGGCUUCGUCACCUACCGCGCUGGUUAUCAGUGGAUCUUCUGGAUCCUCGCAAUGAUCAACGGUGGCCAGUUCAUCUUGUAUCUGUUCCUCGGGCCUGAAACCCGUUAUCUGGGAGGCGGUAUCGACAGCAAGGAGUCAGCUAGAAAGAUCGAGUACAUGUCACUGCGACGGAUCGACCCCACACCAUUCUCAUGGUUCGAGUUCGUCCGCCCACUGACAAUGGCUCGAUACCCAUCAAUCCUCAUCCCAGCAUGUGCAUACGCAAUGGUCUUCCUCUUCGGCAGCGUUCUCACAACUGUUGAGGUACCCCAACUCCUGCAGGAGAAGUUUGGGCUCAACUCUGAGCAGCUAGGCAUGCAGUUCCUAGGCGCAAUCAUAGGCUCCCUAAUCGGCGAACAAAUGGGCGGUGUGCUAUCAGACUUCUGGAUGAGCCGGCGCCGCCGGCGUAUCGACCGCAAGGUCGAGCCAGAAUUCCGCCUGUGGCUCAGCUACUUCGGUUUUGCGCUUUCCAUCAUCGGCGUGAUUGUCUUCUUGGUCUGCACGCAGGAAUCGCCAAGUGGACACUGGACCGUCUCACCCAUUAUCGGAACCGCUAUUGCCGCUGUCGGGAACCAACUUGUCACCACGGUGAUGAUUACAUAUGCUGUCGACUGCUUCCCGCAGGAAGCUGGUAACAUCGGUGUUUUUAUCACCUUUGUCCGACAGAUUUGGGGUUUCAUUGGUCCUUUCUGGUUCACUCCAAUGUUCGAGAAUGCCGGUGUUGCUCCCAGCGCGGGAAUUGGGUCGGCGCUGAUUGUCCUCGUCAGUGUGAUUCCCACCAUCUUCCUGCACUGGCGGGGUAAGGUUUGGCGUAGUGAGGAGUAA